CGCGGCAGCGGCCGCGCUUCCGCUUCCCAGCCUGGCGCUCGGGAAGGAGGAAUCUCUGCGCGCGCGGCCCGGGGCGGGCCGUUUCCUCCCCAUCCCGGCGCCUGCGUGCGAGUGCCGCAUCCCGCCCUUUCUUCCUCCUGCUCCUCUUCUUCAGUGAGGACGCGGCGGCUGCUCCGCUCCGCGCCCCGCCCCGGGCCGGGAAUGCGCUGUCGGGCGGCCGGAGCUGCGCGUCGGGUGGGAGAGCGGGAUGGAGGUGGAGGAGGCGUUCCCGCUGGUGGGGCAGAUGGGGCCCUACCAGGUGUACCUGUGCGUCCUGCUGGCCGUGCUGCUGCAGCUCUAUGUGGCCACUGAAGCCAUCCUCAUCGCGUUGGUGGGCGCAACUCCUCCCUACCACUGGGAUCUCCAAGAGCUCUCAGCUAAUCAGAGCCAUGGCAACCAGUCAGUGAGCGAGCAGAGAGCUUUUGGGGAAUGGCUUCUGACCGCCAAUGGCAGUGAGGUGCAUAAGCACGUACACUUCAGCAGCAGCUUCACAUCGAUAGUCUCUGAGUGGUUUUUAAUCGGCAACACAUCAUACAAAGUGAGUGCUGCCAGUUCUUUCUACUUCAGUGGUGUGUUCGUUGGAGCCAUCUCCUUUGGCCAGCUCUCUGACCGCUUCGGGAGGAAGAAAGUCUAUCUCACAGGUUUUGCUCUUGACAUCUUGUUUGCCAUUGCAAAUGGAUUCUCACCCUCAUACGAAUUCUUUGCCAUCUCUCGCUUCUUGGUAGGGAUGAUGAAUGGUGGGAUGUCACUGGUGGCCUUUGUUCUACUGAAUGAGUGUGUGGGUACUGCUUACUGGGCAUUAGCAGGAUCUAUUGGUGGCUUGUUCUUUGCUGUGGGAAUUGCCCAGUAUGCGUUAUUAGGGUACUUCAUUCGUUCCUGGAGGACGCUGGCUGUUGUGGUUAACCUGGAAGGAACGGUUGUCUUCCUCCUCUCUCUAUUCAUUCCAGAGUCCCCCCGCUGGCUUUAUUCCCAAGGCCGGCUGAAUGAAGCAGAAGAUGCCCUCUACCUCAUCGCAAAGAGGAACCGCAAGCAGAAGUGCACUUUCUCAUUAAAACUCCCAGCAGAGAGGAGCUCCAGAGAGGCUGGCAGCUUCUUGGACCUGUUUCGAUACAAGAUCCUCCUGGGACGCACCUUGAUCAUGAUGUUUACCUGGUUUGUGUGCAGCUUGGUUUACUAUGGUCUUACCCUAAAUGUGGGUGACUUGGGUGGAAGUAUUUAUGCCAAUUUAGCCCUUUCAGGGUUGAUAGAAAUCCCAGCAUACCCAAUCUGUAUUUACUUGAUUAACCAAAAGUGGUUUGGCCGGAAGCGAACACUGAGCACAUUUCUGUUCCUGGGAGGAUUGGCUUGUCUUAUUGUCAUGUUCCUUCCUAAAAAGAAAGAUACUGGAGUGUUCGCAGUGGUGAAUAGUCGCUCUCUGUCUUUGCUGGGGAAACUGACAAUCAGUGCUGCAUUUAACAUUGUCUACAUCUACACAUCAGAGCUUUAUCCCACAGUGAUCAGAAAUGUUGGAAUGGGUGCCUGCUCCAUGUUUUCCCGGGUUGGUGGAAUCAUUGCUCCAUUCGUCCCUUCAUUGAAAUCUGUACAGUGGUCUCUGCCUUAUAUUGUCUUUGGAGCAACUGGUCUUUUGUCUGGACUCUUAAGUUUAUUAUUGCCAGAGACCUUAAACAGCCCUUUGCUAGAAACUAUUUCAGACCUGCAGGUAUGCUCAUACUGGAGGCUGGGUGAUGAAGCCAUGUCGUUGCAAGCCCUAGAUGGCUCUCAGUCUGGAGACAAAGACAGCUCUACAGGGAGUGGAAGUGAAGACGAGGAGUUUUAUGAUGCUGAUGAAGAGACUCAUAUGAUCAAGUCAAGUAAAGGAAACUCCUAAGGAUAUAAUCAGACAUUUAUAGCCAAGUUUUGUGUCUGGUUACAUUUGCAUCCCUGCUGAUUUCAAAAGACAGAACUUAGACCUCCGCUUGACCAGAGGAGCAGCCAGAGGGGUAAACUACUUUCUUUCUACUCAACCCUUUAUCAUCAUGAAAACAAAUCUCUGUAUAGUCUCUAUCCUGGAGACUUUGUAUUGCUUCCUCAUGCCAGUUUAAUUUGAAUCAACAAUCAGAAGUCCUCGCCAGCUGAGUAGCAGGGAAGUGGGAAUAGGGGGGAAUAGAUUCACUGCUUCAAACAAAAAUCAAGUUGUAUAUAGUUGGUGUGUGUAUUUUUAAAUAUUUGUAAUUUGGCUUACUUGAAUACUGUAUGAGCCUUCCUGCAUUAAAAUGAGGACUGAGAUACUUCAGAAGUACUUCCUCUUCUUUAACUGUAUUAGUGUGCUGUUGUUAACUCAGAGUUGCACUGCUGAGAAGCCCGAGUUCAGAAUACUUGAUCUGGGAAGUCACAACUAAAGACAGCAUAAGCUUUUCCACAGUGGAGCUUUUGUGGUGGUAUACUCAUAUGUUCGUGGAUCCAUCUUUUUAAGAUGCUCUUUGCCAUAGGUGAGGGGCUGUAAUAACUGUUGAAAUAUUCAGAACAAUUGCACUUAUCUGUUGUUUUCCUAAUGUAAUUCCUAUGCAUACUAACCUGUAUGUGCUGUACUUCACUGGAGGUAUGAAAGGUAAACAUCAGGUUCUUAAAUUACAAAAGGUAAAUGAGUUUUGAAAGUAAUUCUGUAAGACUGCAUAUUUUCCUGUGAUAUUAUCUUCUAAAAGAGGCGAUGGUGGUAAGCCCAUGUGAAUUUACUCAAAAGUUAAUAUUGGUGGUCGUUCCAGUCUCAGUCAAUUUCUGAAUUAUUUUGAUCAUUUGAAAUACAGUUUCUCUUUACUCAUUUUGUAGAGGCUAAUCUGUGUUAGUAAACCAACUUCUAGGUGAUUUGUAGCAGCUCUAAUACUGCCUCCGACUCAUACAGUUCGUAUUAAUGUCUUUGUAACUUAUUUUGUGCCUUUUUUUUCCCCUGACACAAAAUCUCAAUAAAAAGCAGCUCUUUUGCAACACCGCAAA